AUGGUUCCUAUUAUUCUGCUGAGCACCUUUUUGCUUCAUUUUGCUGCUGCUGUGGCUUCAGAACCGCAAUAUAUCCUGUGGGUCUCCUCUGUGAUGCAGAGUCAUUUUACAGAAAAAGCUUGUCUCCACCUCUUAAACCUGAAUGAAUCUGUAUCCUUGAGUGUUGUCUUAGAAUAUGAUGGAUCCAAUACCACUAUUUUUGACCAGUUUGUGGAAGAGGAUAUCUUCUAUGCUUGUGCAAAUUUCAAGGUCUCUCAGAAGUCCUCUGAACAACUGGCAUUUGUGACCUUGUUGGCUAAGGGAGACACUCUUGAAAUCUCUGAGAGAAGAUCUGUAGUAAUCACUUCAGAGGAGACAGUAACCUUCAUACAGACAGAUAAGUCCAUUUAUAAAUCUGGAGAGAAUGGUAAGUUAAUAUUUUAUCCUUUAAUCACAAUUCAGAGUCUCCUCCUACCAGUUCCAGUCUCUGGAGUAGUACAGUCUUCAGACUUAUUUGAAGUUGUAUGUCUAUCGGAUCCUCAAAACAAUAGGAUUUUUCAAUGGCAAAAUGUGACAUCUUUUCGAUAUAUUACCCAACUUUCAUUCAAACUGAUUUCAGAACCAAUGCUUGGAGAUUACUUAAUUGUUGUGGAAAGAAAAUCAGGAAAGAUACUGACACACCAAUUUACUGUUAAGAGAUACGAGCUGCCCAAGUUUGAAGUUACAAUUAGUGUACCACAGACAGUAACCAUUUCAGAUGAUGAAUUCCAAGUAAAUGCAUGUGCUAAGUAUACGUAUGGCCAACCUGUACAAGGAAAAACCCAAAUCCGAGUGUGCAGAGAAUUUUUUACUUCAAGCAAUUGUGAGAACAACAAUGAAAUAUGUGAGCAAUUUGUUGCAGAGUUGAAAAGUGGUUGUAUUUCUCAAAUAGUAAAUACAAAAGUCUUCCAACUCUAUCGUUCUGGAUUUUUCAUGACAUUUCAUGUCACUGUAAUUGUUACAGAAUUUGGGACAGGUGUACAGAUGAGUGAAAAGAGUUUGAUUUUUAUCACUCAAUUGCUUGGAAGUGUGACUUUUGAGAACAUGGACCCUUUCUACAGAAGAGGGCUUUCUUAUUUUGGAACUCUUAAAUUUUCUGGUCCCAACAAUGUACCUAUGGUGAGCAAGUUGUUGCAACUGGAGCUCAAUAAUAAAUUUAUAGGAAAUUACACCACAGAUAAAAAUGGUGAAGCUCAGUUUUCUAUUGACACUUCAGACAUACUUGAUCCAGAGUUCAGCCUGAAGGCUACAUAUAUCCGACCUAAGAGCUGCUAUCUUCCCAGCUGGUUGACGCCUGAGUAUGCAGAUGCUCAUUUCUCAGUCUCACGCUUUUACUCCCGAACCAACAGCUUUCUGAAGAUUGUUCCUGAACCAAAGCAGCUUAGAUGUAAUCAACAGAAGAUAGUCACUGUGCAUUACUCUCUAAACAGUGAAGCAUAUAAGGAUGACUCAAAUGUAAACUUCUUCUAUUUGGUGAGUCUUAGCUAUGAUCCAGGAAACUUUUGGCAUUGUAUCUGUUGAUUUCCUAUUUACCCAGCCUGGAAUGGAAACUUCUCAUUCCCAAUCAACAUCAGUGCUGAUCUGGCUCCUGUGGCCGUCAUGUUUGUCUACACCCUUCACCCCAGUGGGGAAAUUGUGGCUGACAGUGUCAGAUUCCAGGUUGACAAGUGCUUUAAAAACAAGGUUAGCAUAAAGUUCUCAAAGGACCAGGGACUACCUGGCUCCAAUGCUAGUCUCUAUCUUCAAGCGGCUCCUGAAUCAUUCUGUGCCCUCCAGGCUGUGGAUAAAAGUGUCCUUCUACUGAAAUCGGAACAACAGCUGUCAGCUGAAAGUGUGUACAAUUUACUUCCAAAUAUAGAACUAUAUGGUUAUUUCUACCACGGUCUGGAUCUUGAUGAUGGCAAGGUAGACCCUUGCAUUCCUCAGAAGGAUAUGUUUUACAAUGGCUUAUAUUAUAUACCUGUCAGCAACUUUGGGGAUGGAGACAUCUAUGAUAUUAUCAGAGUUAUGGGUCUGAAAGCUUUUACCAAUCUCCAUUACCGAAAACCAGAAGUCUGUUCAAUGGAGAGGAGGCUACCAUUCCUUCGGCCAGUACCUCUAGGAACAGGAAGUUACAAACUGAUGCAUAGCGCCCCAUCUAGAAUUGCAUUCAUGGGAGAAAAUGUUGAGCACGUAGAACAGGCUAUAAUGGAAACAGUAAGAACAAAUUUCCCAGAGACAUGGCUUUGGGACUUCAUCAGUGUUGAUUCCUCCGGUUCAGCAAAUCUUUCAUUCCUCAUUCCUGAUACAAUAACCCAAUGGAAGGCAAAUGGCUUCUGUGUGAAUGCUGAUGCUGGAUUUGGUAUUUCAUCAACAAUCACCCUGGAUGUCUCCCAAUCUUUCUUUGUUGAAAUAGCCUCACCUUUUUCGGUUGCUCGAAAUGAACAAUUUGAUUUGAUUGUCAAUGUCUUCAGCUACCUGAAUACAUGUGUAGAGAUUUUUGUUCAAUUGGAAGCAUCUCAGAAUUAUGAAGCGAAUAGCAACACUCUGAAAAACAAUGGCAGUGAAAUUAUCCAAGCUGGAGAGAGAAAAACAUAUUUCUGGAUUGUUAUACCUAAGAAGUUGGGUAAACUGAAUAUCACUGUAGUUGCUGAAUCCAAACAAAGUAGUGCUUGCCCAAAUGAAGCAAGAGGGCAACAAAAUCUAAACUGGAAAGACACGGUGGUCAAAAGUUUAUUGGUAGAGCCUGAAGGUAUUGAAAAAGAAAUCACCCAGAGUUUCCUUAUCUGUACAGAAGGUACCAAAGCAUCCAAGCAGGUACUUUUGGACUUGCCAAAAGAUGUAGUAGAAGGAUCAGCCACAGGCUUUUUCACGGUUGUGGGGGAUAUUCUAGGACUUACAAUGCAGAAUCUGGAGAAUCUUCUCCAAAUGCCCUACGGAUGGGGAGAGCACAAUAUUGCCAUUCUAGCAUCCAGUACCUAUGUCCUUGAUUAUCUGAAAUCUACUGAACAAUUGACAGAGGAUGUUAAAUCUAAGGCUUUCUUUCUAUUAUCUAAUGGUUAUCAAAAGCAGUUGUCUUUCAAAAACUCUGAUGGUUCAUAUAGUGAAUUUUGGCAGAGGAAUCAGGAAGGAAGCCUACGGUUCAGUGCCUUUACUUUUAAGACCUUCGAGGGAAUGAAAAAAUAUGUAUUCAUUGAUGAAGAUAUUCAAAAACAGACCUUAAUCUGGCUUUCAAGCAAACAGAGAAGGGAUGGCUGCUUUAAAAGUGAUAGCGAAAUUUUCACCAAUGCCAGGGAGGGUGGAGGUGAAGAGGACAUUGUACUCACUGCAUAUAUUGCUGGGGCGUUCCUGGAAGCUGGGUUCAAUUUCACCUUUCCUGCUCUACGAAAUGCACUCUUUUGCCUAGAGGCAAUGUUGGACAGUGGUGUCACUAAUGGCUACACUCAAGCAAUUCUAGCUCACACUUUUGCAUUAGCUGGAAGAGAGGAGCAAGUGGAAUCCUUACUCCAGACCCUGGAUCAAUCUGCUACAAAAAUAAAUAAUGUUGUAUACUGGGAAAAAGAAAAGAAACCCAAGACAGAAAAAUUCCCAUCCUUUAUUCCUUGGACAUCUUCUGCUGAGACUGAGAAGACAUGCUAUGUACUGUUGGCUGUCAUUUCCCGGAAAAUUCGUGACCUCACCUAUGCUAGUAAGAUUGUUCAGUGGCUUGCCCAACAGAUGAAUUCCCAUGGAGGCUUCUUUUCUACCCAGGACACUGCAGUUUGUCUUCUUGCCUUAACCCGCUACAUGAAGUUAACUGUCUCUAGUUAUCAAAACACUGUCACCUUUAGCAGUGAAGGAUCCAGUGAGAUUUUCCAGGUUAACAAUAAUAACCGCUUUCUGGUUCAACGUUCAGAACUAACAAAAGCACAUGGAGAAUAUAGAGUAGAUGUGGAAGGACAUGGUUGUACAUUUAUCCAGGCCACUCUUAGGUAUAAUGUUUUACUGCCUAGGAAGGCAUCUGGAUUUUUCCUUUCCUUGGAAAUAGUAAAGAAUAACUCUUCAGAUAAAUUCCAGACUAAUUUUGACCUUACAGUGACCCUCAAAUAUACUGGAAUUCACAACAACUCCAAUAUGGUUCUUAUUGAUGUAAAAAUGCUAUCAGGAUUUACUCCAGUCUUGUCAUCCAUUGAGGAGCUUGAAAAUAAGGGCCUAGUGACGAAGACUGAAAUCAAGAACGACCAUGUUCUUUUCUACUUGGAAAAAGUUUUUGGUGCAGUGAACAGUUUCACUUUUUCUGUUGAGCAGAGCAACCUUGUAUCCAACAUUCAGCCAGCACCAGUCAUGGCCUAUGAUAGUUAUGAACAAGAUGAAUAUGCCCUUGCGUUUUACAACAUCAGUAGUAUUUCAGUCUCCCAGUGAGGCAAA